GUAACUAACCAAUGUUUAAACUAUGGAUCAUAGUGAUAAUGGUUGGAAAAUCCUUGUUUGAAAUGUCAGCUGCCAAAAAGCGCGAUGUAAAUGUCUUUUCGAACCUAAUCAAUACAAAUUUACAACUAAAAAUGUUGUUUUCUCCCAUAAAAUUGCGUUUCUAAAUUACUUUAAUUCAAAGUUAAAUGCUAUAUUAAAUAUGUAUUACGAAUGAUGAAUUAUGUAGUAACAAUUUCUGACAGGUAAACUAGAGCUAACCAUUUCAAUUAGACCUUUGGUCGGGAAAAAAUUGCAGGAAGGGAUUUCAGCCGAAUUAUGCUGUACAUCAGAUGGUAGACCACCGGCAGAUAAUUUAAUAUGGAUUAAAGAUAUGCAGAUCAUAAAAAAUGUAAAAGAUAAAAAGGAUUGCUACAAAUUUUUACCACUGUACAGACACCAUGCUGGGAAAUAUGUAUGCACUGUUAACAAUACUAUUGAUUUUGCUAGCAUCACAAAAUAUGUUUAUGUUUUGUACCCGCCUAACGUGAAUGUACAGAUGUACAAGCUUAAGAAUGUUGUGCAACUUAACUGCAGUGCAACUGGUUUACCUAGUAAAAACCAAUUUGAAGAAUGGGAACAUCGGUCAGAAUUCAAUGAACAUAUCAGAUACGUUCAGGGAACACAUGGUAAUCAACUGAUUAUAGAGGGAAACGAUUAUCACAAUUCCGGAAUCUAUAUUUGUAAUGUUACAAAUGGCAUUUCUGCAAUAAAUGGAAACCUUUUCAUGACGGGACAGAUUGAAGUACCAUACAGAGGUUCGCCAAUUGUUAUCAAUCCAAAUAACAAAGUGUAUUUUGGUAAACACGGUAACAAAAUGAACAUUACCUUGAAAAUCCUAAGUCCAUCUAAGAUAACAGGAAAGUUAAUAAAAAGCAAUUGGAAGCAGACACCCGAAGCUAUCGAAACGUCAUACCAAUCAAAGUGUAAUGGACAUUUAACAGUUCUUGGAGUUAACAUAACAGUCUUAUGCACUCUGUUAUCGUUUACUUUCCGGCUGUCUGGAAUAGACAAUUUCACAAAUUAUGCCACAUUGGUUUGUAACGAAUAUGGAUGCAACAAUUUUGAGAUUGCGGUUGUUUCAGAAAGUAAAUCAGCAAAAAAACAAAACAUCGCCAAAAUGGUUUUUGUAUGGAUAAGUGUUGUUGCAAUAGUGAUUGUUGUGGUGAUUAGUUUUGUGAAAUGUGUAUCCCUGAAAAUUCGAAUAAGAGGUAUAGAGAGACAGGCAAAUAACACGAGUGAAUCAAUAUUUAGUCCAGAUGCAGAAGGAGAAGCAAUUGAAAAUCGUCUAUACCAAUCUGCUCACGUCCUUGAAGCCAGUGCUAUACAGAAUCAGUUGUCAGAGGGAUAUGAAAUAGGUGUUAUUUCAAACGUGUCUUCUCCUUCAAUCGUUCUUCUAAGAAAUCAAGAAGAAACACAAGACGAAAGGUCUCCUGACACACAGCUCUCCCAGAUUGGAAAUCCUAACCUCAACUAUGCCGAACUAGUUUUCGAAGCUGCAGGUCCUUCCACAGAGACACACAGUAGGUCUAUUAUUCAUGGAGCAGAAGACAGAACACUAUAUUCUGAAAUUGAUUUACUGCGCAGAGCAAGCGCUCGUCCAUCAACCAAUGGAAGCGAUGAUGAUGACUUUAUGUACGUGGAUGGCAUAGAAAACUUUUCCCGGAAAAAUAUUAAAAAUGAAACUUAAAUAACGAUUAUUUAUGUCUUAGUUCGUGCAAAUUGACAUACAUUUGUUAUUAUGACUAGAACAUGUACAUAGAGGUUAUUUUUAUUCUUGUAUAGCUCAUAUAUGAUGAAGUCGAAAAUGUCACAUAGCAAUAAAGUUUAACCUUUCCCAAAAGUAUUUAUAAGUUGUUAAUCCUGAGAAACUGUUAUCUAGAAUUCUCAAUAACCUAGUUAUCAUAUUCAGGCUCUUUUCUCAAAUAAUGAUUUUGUUUUAUUUAAAUACGAACGCAAGAAUUACGUCUUGCAUUUAAAUGUAUCAUAUGUAUGCAUGUUUGGUUUGUUGCUAAAUCGGGUAUUAAAGUUACUAAUAAAACAGUAUCUGGUUUUGA